AUGUUCGUUGUAGGACCAAAAAGCGGGAGAGCCGAGUGGGACAAGCAGAUUUUGGUCUUUCCCCGAUCAAGCGCGGGCCACCUCUAUUCCGACGAUGAUGCCUUGGAGGUAUCACUUGCCGCCUGCUGUCCUUCCCGCUUAUCACUCAUGUCGUUUCCUCGGUGGAGAUCCUUUUGGCAUUGCUUGGCUUUUCCUUGGGAAGUUCUAAAUCUGGGGGCGACUGCCUUGGCCUCCAGGCUGAUUUCUCGGAUCUUUUUACGCAUCUUUCUCGGUUUGUCAUCGCGGGGAGGUUGUUGCCGGAGCUGGCGUGACCUGUCAGCAGGUCGUAUCAGAGGAAGGUCGUACCUGCACGGCUGGAGGUCAAGCGGUCUCCUCUCCCGGUGGCCAUGGAACGCAUAG